AUGAAGGAGAUGCCCGACGACACGCCCGCGGGGUCCGUGAGCGAGUACAUGUUCAAGGAGGGCGUCAAGGACCAGCUCGACAAGCUCGACUACGACCUCGUGGGGCUGCUGCCCGUGAAGCAGCGCGUGCGCGAGAUCGCGGCGCUCCUCGUCCUCGACAAGAUGCGCCGCAAGCUCGGCUUCGACACGGCCGUGCCGAGCCUCCACAUGUGCUUCACGGGCGCGCCCGGCACGGGCAAGACGACGGUCGCCGUGCGCAUGGGCCAGAUCCUCGCGAAGAUGGGCUACUGCCGCUCCGGCCACGUCGUCGUCGCGACGCGCGACGACCUCGUCGGCCAGUACGUCGGCCACACCGCGCCAAAGACCAAGGAGGUCAUCAAGCAGGCGCUCGGCGGCGUGCUCUUGGUCGACGAGGCCUACUACCUCUACAACGCGGCCAACGACCGCGACUACGGCCAGGAGUCCAUCGAGAUCCUCCUCAACUUCAUGGAGAACAACCGCGAGGACCUCAUCGUCGUGUUGGCGGGCUACAAGGACCGCAUGGACAAGUUCUUCUCCUUCAUCCCGGGCAUGAACUCGCGCAUCGGCAACCACAUCGACUUCCCCAACUACGAGGUCGACGAGCUCUACGAGAUCGCGCGCGUCAUGACGCGCGACCUCGAGUACGACAUGUCCGAGGAGGCGGGCGACGUCUUCAAGCGCUACAUCGAGCGCCGCAUGGACAUGCCCUUCUUCUCCAACGCGCGGACCGUGCGCAACGCCAUGGACCGCGCCCGCAUGAACAGCGCCAUCCGCAUCUUCGACGAGGCCAUCGCGCCCCACAGCAGUGGCGACAUCACCGCCGCGCAGAUGAAGGAGAUCGCGCCCGCGGACUUCCAGAUCAUCCUCGACGAGGCGCUCGAGGCCCCGGACGACGCCAUCCUCGCCUAG